AUGAUUGCUGACUUUCCAAAUUUAUUUACAAUUAGUGGUCCCGGUGCUCCAUCUGAUUUAGCUAAUAUGGUUCCACAUAUCGAACAACAUGUUAAAUGGAUAACAAAAUGUUUGGAAUGUCUACGAACACAUGAUAUCAAUAUAAUAGAACCUUCUCUAGAGGCAGAGAAUACCUGGUUUAAUCAUGUAAAUGAUGUUGUCGAAAAUACUCUUUUUCGAACAUCCAAGUCAAUCUACAACGGAGCAAAUAUUUCCGGAAAACCACGAGCCUUUAAACCUUAUGUAGAAGGCUUUGAUAUUGAUAUGGAAAAGUGA